UGGGUUUCCUGUACGGACAAGACACUGGAAUCGUGUGAUGUAGUGAAACGUCGAAAAUUCUCUCUCAUUUCAAUCCUGUUGGGCCGAUUGCAGUAAUAUUGUUCUAUAUGAUAAAGUAUGAAUUGGGGAACAGAUUUGUGGGAUCAAUUUGAUUUAAUCUCGGCGCAUACUCAUUCUGGCAUAGAGUUUGUGGAAAAGGUUUCUAAAUUUGUCAAGGAAAGAGCUCAAAUCGAAGCAAACUAUGCUCGGGAGCUGAGGAAGCUUGCCAGAAAUUUUCAACCAAAGAAAAAAGAAGAUGAUGUCAAAUAUACAUUUCAUAAGUCCUUUGUUGGUGUUGUCAAGGAGACGGACGAUUUAGCGGGACAGCAUGAAUUAAUUGCUGAAAAUUUGAAUGGAAAAGUUUACAAAGAGUUAAAACAGAUGCACGGAGAACUUAAGAAUGAAAGAAAUAAGCAUCUUGCAGAAUCCAGAAAAGUUCAAGAUUCACUAGACCAGUCGAUGAAAACGCUGGAUAAUGUAAAAAAAGCUUAUGAGAAAGCUAGUGGUGAAGCUGAGCAGGCAUUCGGCGUUUUUCAAAAAGCAGAUCAAGACAUGAGCAAGACAAAGUUAGAAGUAGAAAAGUGCAAAUCAACUUCAAUGGAGAAAGGACAAUUGGCAGACAAGGCGAAAGARGAAUAYAGAUCACAGUUGGAUAAGACAAACAGUAAACAAACUUUACACUACACUAGCGAGAUGCCUGCAGUGUUCAAUGAGAUGCAGGCGAUGGAGGAAAACAGAAUUGCUAAAAUUGGAUCAUUACUGACAGAGUACUCAGACAUCCACUCUACCGUUAUGCCUAUCAUACAAACUUGUUUGAACAACAUGAAGUCUAAUGCRGCAUCAGUGGACGGGAAACAGGAUUCUACAAUUCUAAUCGAGCAACACAAGACUUCGCUACCACCCCCUGGGGAUAUACCUUUUGAAGAAUAUGGCAAAACAAAUGGUACAGGAACUCCUGUAGGAAAACAGAAGAAGAAAAAAGAGAAAAAGAAAGGGUUUACAUUUGGAAAGAAAAAGGUUGAAGGAGAUGGUAACGACUUCAAUACGCUACCGCCAGGGGAGCAAGUACGAAUUUGUAAGAAAAAUAUUAAAACUUUUGAGCAGCAAGUAAAUCAGCUAAAAUCAGCGAGGGAAGCAAUGGAGAAAAUGGCUCAAGUUUAUCAACAAAAUCCCAACCUUGGCGACCCUGCAUCUACAGAAGAAGGAUUACGAGAAAAUGCGAAGGAACUUGACAGAUGCAGCAUGGAGCUGUUUAAAUAUCAGUCAUAUUUGGCUACUAUCGAAAACACGCCGGCUCCAACACCGCCACCAUCUUAUUCAAAGCCCUCAAGUGCGCAGCCUCCUCCAGCCCCAUCAGAUAAUGUCCCUCCAGCACCUCCACCCGCACCUAGUCUAUUAGUUCCCCCUGUGGAAGAACCUGAAGAUAUUGAUGGUGAAUUUGAAGAGGAAAGAUGUCGAGUGCUUUACGAUUUUGAAGGUACCAACGAUGGAGAGCUACCAGUUCGAGAAGGCGAGGAACUGAUCGUUACAGAGGCUGAUAACGAUGGAAGUGGCUGGACGAAGGUCAUGGGAAGCAAUGACAACGAAGGAUAUGUCCCUACAGCGUACCUGAUGAUGAUAGACUAACAGAACAUAGUAAAUCAAUACUUGUUUUUGAAAUUCAAAACAUAUAAAUUUAAAAUAUUUUUUGAUUCAUUGAAAAGGCGACGUUACAGCAGUUGCAUUUGAGAUUGUUAAAAGAUAUAAACCUACGCUUUAAAGGAAUCAUGGGUUAUGUGACGUCAUGUGUCAAUCAACCUGUCAAUUAAUUCGUUUCUUUUCCAAGAGUAGAUGCACUUAAUCCGUGAACCAAAAAUGGUACAAAAUUGGUUAUAAUUGUUUCCUUUGUCUGAUACUAUUUUGUAGAAAUUAUUAAAAUUUUCUUCACGGAUUAGCCGCAUCUACUCUUUUUUCAAACUAUAACUAACCAUAUAUAGUUUAUAUAACACAUAUCCCAUGAUCCUCCUUGUAUUUACGUAGGCUUGACUUAACAUCAAUACGUAAACGUUUUACGAAUUGCCCUUCGUCCGUUAUAAAAGUACGAAAGUGGUUAGUUUUCUUCGUUUUCUCGAAAGCAAAAACACCAAAACUAAAUGAAAAACAAAACAAGGAAAACAAGAAGACAAGGAAAAACGUAACAGAUUUCUGUAAGUACAGCAAACUUGCGUUAGGAUUUAUAACGGAAACGCUUGUCUUAUGUGCGCGGAAAACAUAGCGAAAAGAAAUUUGGAAACUAUCCGUACUUUAAGAAGUAAAGGGCAAUAUAUAACUGAAUCUGGUAAAGAAGCUGAAUUGUGGUCGAAAAUGCCAAGCAACGUCGAAUUUUUACUUGGCAAGCGUAACGAUAUCACGGCAUCUCUUGGAAGGAGGUGUAUUUGGCCAAAAUUCAUCGUCUUCUCGACAUCACGAUUCGAUACAAAGCUCUGUAGUGUCGACAGAAUAAAAUUAUUAUGUUUAUUACGCACAAUUUUAAAAAAUAAGAAAAUAAUUUUGAUUAAAAAACAACCUUUUUAUUGCUAUAUAAGUUUUAGAAUUCUUCAGUGAUGAGGUCACGGACCGAAAAUUACGUCAUCAUUGAAGUGACGUCAGAGCAUCGUCAUUGUAAUAAAUGAUAUUUUUGGUAGACUUUAAAAUUAUUCAGGGGGAAAUAUGGGUAAGAUUUUAACCCGGCAAUCCCUUUGAAAUCAUUUUACCAGAAACUGUACAUUGUGUUAUUCCAUUUAAUUGCGUUUUGAUGUUUUAAGAUAAAGUAUAAUAAAUAAUAUUUACAAAAAGCUCGGUUUGUUUUCGUAAUUUUGGUGGUGCAUCGUUCCUAAUGUUACACAAAAACCCGUGCAAUUUGAAURAAGAAUGUUCAUAUUAUUCACGUCAAAA